UUCAUUAGCUUAUAAAUAAAAAUAAUGUUCAAUAACAAAUAAAAUUCUUUCAACAGCACAUUUUAAAAGAGGGACAAAAGAUACCAGAGGGAAAGUCAAACUCAUAAAUUUUAUCGAAAAAUAAACUGACAACGCCAUGGCUAAAAAUGAAGAAGACAAAUAGACAUUGAAACAAUAGUAGACAUGCAUAUGACACAACAUAGGAAACUAAAGAAUAAACAACAUGAACCCCACCAAAAACUAGGGGCAAUCUCAGGUGCUCCGGAAGGGUAUGCAGAUCCUGCUCCACAUGUGGCACCUGUUGUGUUUAAGAUUUAAGCUUCACGUAUAUCAACUUAAGAAACUUGAUCACAGGAAACAUUUUAUGUACUGUCACAAUGCAAAAUAUACUGUAAAAUGAUCUAUACAGGGCAGACACUAAAAUGUCGAUAAAAUUCACAAGUGACAACAUUACAUAUAUAACUCUCUGGUUUUUAUUCUCAGUAGAAUCAUAUGUUAGGCAUUCAGUUGGCUAAAUAAAGAUGGAUUGUGUUAGGGAAUAGUGAUUGGAGAAAUAUAGAAAUAUUUGAUGCAAAUGAGGCUACAUUUAAUUGGUACAAAUAUUUGAAUAACUGGUGUCACCAUAUACAGUAUAGUGCUACAUACAGAAAAUUUACCUAAAGUUACUACAGCCAAAGAUCUUGUAAAAUGUCUUCAGUUAAGAAAAUUGGUGCAUACAAAGAAGUUAAUGCAGCUUUCAGUUGCUGCAGACAAGAAAGGAGCUUGUGCAGGUCUAGCUGUAGCUGUUCUGCCCAGAUAUAUUCUCAAUCACAGUUGUAUUAUGGAAAAAAAUAACAGUGUUUACAAUGGCAAUAUCAUUAAAGUUAGAGAAGUCAAGAACAGAAAAAUAAACCUGAAAAAGCAAGUUAACUGGUUAUCAUCAGAUAAUUACAGCCAUGUUGGUUUCCGUGGACGUUUCCAAGUAUACAAUAACCUUCUCCAGGAUGUUACAACACAGUAUGGCUAUUAUCUGAUAGAUGGAGGCUCUUACAUACAAUUUUGUGACGUUCAGGAUGUUGUUGAAGCAGCUACUUUAGCAGGUGUUGAUAGAAUUGUAAUUAAGAUGAGAAAUCCAGACAAUAUGCUAACAUCAGAAAUAGAAUGGUGUAAGACCUACCCAGGCUAUUUGUAUACCACUUUAGGUGCCUCUUAUCAAAUAGCAGAAUCUUACAAGCCUAAUACAUACACAGCUUUGUUCAAUCAGUUAGAACACCAAGAGAACAGUAAAUAUAUAGUAGCUAUUGGUGAAUGUGGUAUUUCCAAGCCUGAAUAUCCACCCGGAUAUCUACCACCACUUGACAAACAAAUCAGUCUUUUUAAAGAUAUGGUAAAGCUUGCUGAUCAUUUUAAAAAGCCUUUACUGGUAAAGUCGAGGAGAGGUGUUGAAGAAAUGUUAGAUAUUUUAAAAGAUUUCCCAGAUGUAACAGCUUGUUUAACUAUUGGUUAUGAAACACCAGAGGAUACAGCUAUUACAAAAUGGAUCAAAAAAGGAUAUCAUCUGGGAGUGACUGGUAGUGUGUGGGCUUUUAACGAAAGCAAUUUCUGGAUUCCAGAAUUAUUAAAAACAGUUCCAAUAGAUAGACUAAUUCUUUGCAGUAACACACCAUAUUUAUCAUGCUGGAAAAAAGAUGAAGAAGCAGAUUUCUUAUUGGAAAUUCAAAAAUGUGAUGAUUUUAAAAAAGUAAAUAAAGAGUGUUUAAAAAUAAUUGAUAAAUCUGAAGAAGAUGUUAAGAUGACUUCAGUUCAACCUGCAACACUUUCUAUAGUAUUAGAACUUUUAGCCUCAUGUUUAAAUAAAUCUCCUAUUGGCCUUUCACAGGUUCUUAAUGCUAAUGCUGAAAAAUUCUAUAAGUUUGAUUCCUUGGGUAUGAAAGAAUGAAUUAGUAUGAAAUUAAGUUCAUAAGUGAGUUGAUUGAUAUAAGAAAUUUAUUUUUAUUCUUGUUGGGUCAUAUUGACAAUUUUUUUAAAUAAGGAUACAAAUUAUAAGCCAGGUGAAUUCUGAUAAAAUUAUUCCCUUUUUUGUCCGAACCAUUAAUUUAUUAUUUGUGCUGCAUGCACUUUUCUUUGUAACAUUGUCAUAUCCAACACCAAAGCUGAGGGGGCAUUUAAAAGUAUUACCCUUGUCCCUCCCAUUUGUUUGUUGUCAAUGUUGGUUUCUGUUCUCUAAUUUGAACUUUAGCCAUAACCAAAUGUUAUGAAACUUAUUCACAAUGCUUAUCACAUUUUUGCCAUUUUCCUCCCAACUACAUUGUGUAAUAUCAUAAAAGUUAAAAUACUUGGAUCAUGGUGUAUAUAUAUAAAAAUUGUUUUAUUUCUUCUUCUUUUUAUGGUAUGAUGAUCAAUCACUCUUUUUGAGUACACACAAUUAUAUACACUUGUGUCAGUUGUCUGAAAUUUGACAUUAUAAAUGUAAUUAUUGGUUUCUAAAUUU